CUGCGGGCGGGCCGGCCGCCCAUCCCGCCUGCAGGCGCUGCACCUGCGGACACAAGCGUCCGGCUGCCGCCCCGCCCCGGCGACCCGACUCCAAGCUGCCGCCGAGAUGAGCGCGGUGUCAGAGCCGCAGGCUGCUCCCAGCCCCCCGGAGAAGCCGCCCAGCACGGCCAUCCUGUGUAACACCUGCGGGAACGUGUGCAGGGGCGAGGUGCUGCGGGUGCAGAACAAGUACUUCCACAUCCAGUGCUUCAUCUGCAAAGCGUGCGGCUGUGACCUGGCCGAGGGCGGCUUCUUCGUGCGGCAGGGUGAGUACAUCUGCACACAGGACUACCAGAGGCUGUACGGGACCCGCUGCUUCAGCUGCGACCGCUUCAUCGAGGGCGAGGUGGUGUCGGCUCUGGGCAAGACCUACCACCCGGACUGCUUCGUGUGUGCUGUCUGCCGGUCGCCCUUCCCGCCGGGGGACCGAGUGACCUUCAACGGCAAGGAAUGCAUGUGCCAGAAGUGCUCCCUGCCCAAGUCAGCGGGCAGCAGCGUGCCCCUGUGCCAGGGCCUCUGGAGCUGCGGGGGCUGCGGAGCCGAGAUCAAGAACGGCCAGUCCCUGGUGGCCUUGGACAAACACUGGCACCUGGGCUGUUUCAAGUGCAAGACCUGCGGCAAACAGCUGAACGCGGAGUACAUCAGCAAGGAUGGGCUGCCCUACUGCGAGGCCGACUAUCACACCAAGUUCGGGAUCCGCUGCGACGGCUGUGAGAAGUACAUCACGGGACACGUGCUGGAGGCCGGGGAGAAGCACUACCACCCUCUGUGCGCGCUAUGUGUCCGGUGCGGCCGGAUGUUCGCAGAAGGCGAGGAGAUGUACCUGCAAGGCUCCUCCAUUUGGCACCCGGCCUGUCGACAAGCAGCCAGAACUGAAGAUAAAAACAAGGAAACCAGGACGUCCUCAGAGAGCAUCAUUUCGGUACCUGCUUCCAGCACCUCAGGGUCUCCAAGCCGCGUGAUUUAUGCCAAGCUGGGCGAUGAGAUCCUGGACUACAGAGACCUGGCCGCUCUCCCUAAGAGCAAGGCCAUCUACAACAUCGACCGCCCCGACAUGAUCUCCUACUCGCCCUACAUCAGCCACUCGGUGGGGGACCGGCAGAGCUACAGCGAGGGGGAGCAGGACGACCGCUCCUACAAGCAAUGCAGGACCUCCAGCCCCAGCUCCACCGGGUCGGUCAGCCUCGGCCGAUACACACCAACCUCGCGGUCACCCCAGCACUAUAGCCGUCCAGCUGGUACUGCGAGCGUCGGUACCAGUAGCUGCCUGUCCCUGUCCCAACACCCAAGCCCUUCUUCCGUGUUCAGACAUCAUUACAUCCCGUACUUCCGAGGCAGUGAAAGUGGCCGGAGUACUCCCAGCCUCUCUGUGCUCUCAGACAGCAAGCCUCCCCCCUCCACCUACCAGCAGGCUCCUCGCCAUUUCCACGUCCCAGACACUGGCGUCAAAGAUAACAUCUAUAGGAAACCCCCCAUCUACAAGCAGCAUGCCGCGAGGCGAUCCGAUGGGGAGGAUGGAGGUUUCGACCCGGAUAACAGGAAGCAGAAGACCAGCUGGCUGAUUCUCAAGGGGGAGGCAGACACGAGGACCAACUCUCCAGACCUAGAUAGCCAGUCUUUGUCCCUCAGUAGCGGGACCGACAGAGGCCCUCCCCAGACGGUUCCAGGGGACAACUUCUACUCACGGCUUCCCUAUUCCAAGUCUGACCCUGUCUCAGGACAUGGCAAGAAUGGCUUGGACCACCGGAAUGCCAAUGUGGGCCCUGGCGGAGCAGACCCGGAUGCCGGCUGGGGCACGCGAGAAUACAAGAUCUAUCCGUAUGACGCCCUUAUUGUCACAAACCGGAUCCGAGUGAAGCUGCCCAAGGACGUGGAUCGGACGCGACUGGAGAGACACCUGUCGCCCGAGGAGUUCCGAGAAGUGUUUGGGAUGAGCAUGGAAGAGUUCGACCGCCUGGCCCUCUGGAAGAGGAACGACCUCAAGAAGAAAGCCCUGCUGUUCUGACGCUGCUGGGGGGUGGGGCGCCCUGCCCAUGCGCGUGCUUGCGGGAACCACCAGACCCCCCUCCUCUUGCCCUCGGCUCUGGCUUCUCUGUGUCCACCGUGGGCAGGCGGGCGGUGGGCGCCUAGGAAGGGCCAGUUGGGGGGGACUGGGGGCGGGAGGAGGUCCCACAGCAGGUAGAGCCCCCGUUUCUGGUUUCUGCCAGCACAGCCCCCACGCCUAGUUUGCCGCCCAGACCCCUGGCUUUGCACUGUCCUACCCCGCUGCCGCUUGCCAUCGGGAAGGAAGAUGUGGCGAGGUCGCUGCCCAGAGACGCAGGACCACUUAGACGCACGCAGCCCACCCUCCCACCUCCCUGCAGUGCCCUCCCCGCACUGGGCCCCCGGGGUACACAGAGGACGGGAGUGGACACCUGAGGGGCUUAAUCAGUGACGGGCGCUGACGGGUUACGGUGUGGGCACCCUGCUCCUGGUGUCCAUGGCCCCGCUUCCCUGCUCAGCCUGGGAGGCACGGCCUGGCACGCAGGCCCCCGUCCCCCGCCCCGGGCCUCCCCGGGGCCGUCAGAAGCAUGGGGGGCAAUUUGCAGCCUUCGUGUUUAGGGAGGACCUUCAACCCGAAGGCGCACCUUCUGCCGGGGAUCCCGUGCGCUGCGUUCCUCUUCCAGAUGCCUAAACGAUAUCUUUAAAGUUAACACAGAAGUUUUUAUUUUGUUAAAGAGUAGAGCCUACUUAAACACAAAGACGACAUAUAUAAAGAGUUUAAUUUUAUGGUCCCGCUGAAAGGGAGCGCGCCAGCCUUAUUCUCCACCGUUGCAUCUGUGUUCCAGGUUUCAUGUGUGUUCCUAACACACAGGACUUCUUGUCUGUUUCCUUUGUGCUCUUUUUUUCUUUUUUCUCUUUUUGGCCUGUCACACAGGCACCCCGAAAGGCAGAACCCCCCCCCCCCCACCGCCCACACACCCCAUACCGCGGUUUGUAAGGACACCUUAAGUACGGCCACACUGUGUUUCUCGCUGUCGUUUUCCAAGUCUUGCAGAAAACAUCCUCCCCUGAUGGCCAAAGCCCCCCAGUUAAGGGUUCCCAUGGUCCCGGAUAAUGCUUGAUGCAGCUUUCAGCGCACCCUCUUCGUCACGUGGCCGGUGGAGUCCCCCUUUGCCCCCCUCUCCCCGUAAACCCCCCAGCGAGGGAAGGCUGGUGUCCAGUCCUGAGAACGACGACACCCGGACCCUCCGGGAAGAUGGGAUGGGAGAUGCUGCCGAGAUCGGUCAAGUCGGCAGGGAGACCUGCCGGCCAUGCGGGUAGAGUGUGGUUACCUGAACGUUUGUACAGUGCAUCGAGGGGCCUGUGAAACACUGCACGGUGUCCCGGAGUGUGGGCCCCGCCUUCGUGCCCCGCGUCCGUCUGUGCGUCCUGGACGUCCGUCUGUUCCGUCCGCGUGACUCCGCCCCUGUAGUCCUGCUGUGCGCCCGGCUCUCCAGCGAGGCUUGGCCUGGGAGGGGGUUUCUCAGCACCGAGCAUAUGCUUCCCUCCGCGUCGCGAUCUGAGCCCGAGCCGCUGGAAACCCCUAUUUUCUCACUAGUGAGCGUCUUGUCGGACCAGGGGAGCCUGGAAAAAAUA